CACAAUCGUUUCUCAAUCCACUCCCCUCACUCCUUCCUUCUCCUUUUCCCUCAUUUUUCAUCCACCUUCUUUCAUUCCAUAUCUUCUUCCUCUCCUCCUUCUCCUUUAAUAAUAAUGGGCGUCGCUAUUGACUUGUCGUUGGAUACGAUGACUUCUUCGACGCCCAGUCGAAGUCCACGGCAGAAGGCAGUCCUCAUACCAGAGAUAGCAUUCCUGAUUCAGCAACAUCUACAGCAACAGGAUCUAGCGCUUGCGUCGCGGGUGUGCAAGAACUGGUACGAGGCAUGGACUCCUUUCCUCUACUAUGCCGUACGGUACCAUCAUUACCAAUAUCACUACCAAUAUUCCCAUAGUUUGUGCUUCGUAGAGUCUGAGCUUCGGAAUACCCAACAAAAACGACAACAACAACAACAACAACAGCAACAUCAACACCAAAAGGCUGUACCAUUCUUGAACUUGAACAAAUUUGGUCCUUACAUAAAGUCCAUGGAUUUGUCAAAUCUAGUGGUUGCCCACUAUCACUCUCCAUGUACAACAGCGACGAUAUCACCAUUGUCCUCGACAGUAACAGGGCCGCCAGUUCAAGAUCAUCUGAUCCAAAUCCAGAUGUGCACCAGCUUGAACCUAACACAUCUGAGUAUUUCAAAGACAGUAAUGAGUCUUGAACGCCUGGACGAUCUACUUUGUGCUUUACCGAUGCUUAAGAUCUUCAAGUUUGAAGUUAUCAACAAAAAACUUAGUCCAAUGGUCGCAUCAUCAUCGUCGUCAUCAUCAUCAUCGGGUACAGGCCUUCAUGGACACUAUUUUCAUGGAUCAAACAUACUUAGCCGUGGAUAUAUGCAACAGCACCAAUCCAAUCUCUUGCUCAAGAAACCAAAAAGAACUAGUCUUGAAGGAUUAGAAACAGAGGUUAUCAAAGUCGUUGCAAGGAGAUUUUCAAAUCGGCAGCUUGAAAGAUUAGAUCUAUCCUUUGCAGUGACAGGCACCGUAAUGCUUUCAGCUUUUGAGGAGUUAUUUGCUUGCUGUGGGGCGACAUUGAAGGUCCUCUCGUUAACGAGAGCAGAAAUCUUGCAGAGAGAUAUACGUCGGGAUUAUGAUGCGUCCUUUCAGGCCGAGAUCGACGCAUUGUUGGCAAAUCUCCAGGCUUGGCAACCUCAAGAGGAUCAGCCUCGACUUCAACCUCAACAAUCUACGACAAUGCUAUCCACCUCAGGAACAACACUUUCGUCAUCAUCCUCAUCAUCCUCAUCAUCCUCAUCAAUUUCCUCAACUUAUUCCAACUCGGCAGCAUCAUCUACAUCAUCAUUAUCUAGUGAUUCUGAUCCUCUUUCUCCUAAAGGCAAGACCGGAAGCAUCACACAUCCAGUCCUUGAAUCUUUGACUUUACACUCUUGCGCAAUCGCAGAUCGAGAGUGCGCUACGCUCUUGCAGCAUAUGCCUGGAUUACUAGAGCUGAAUCUACAUGAUUGUCCAAAGUUGAGGCGUCAGAUCGUGCAAUCCAUUCUCACUCUUACACCUCACUUAGAAUCUUUGUCUCUGAGCUCAGUCCCUCACCUUCACUCUCAGAGCCUUGAGCAGCUAUUCACUACUAUGGAUGGAGCUCACCUUCCUGUUCCCUUUGAUGCUCUUGUGACAUCCUCAUCCUCAUCAUCAUCAUCAUCAGCAGCAGCAGCAGCAGCAGCAGCAGCAAUGUCAAAGAAAGGAAAUCCCGUUAAAUAUGGACUCCGUCUCAAGAGUGUUCGACUUGCUUACAUGCGACAGUUAGAGGACGUUGUUAUGAAAACUUUAGCGGCUCAUCAAGGCCCUAGUCUUGUCAAACUGUCUUUACAGUGGUGUCCACAUAUCACAGAUGAAGGCAUUCUACCUAUUUUCGAGUCUUGUGAGAAACUAGAAGAUCUCAGCCUCUGUCUUUCGAAACCAACUCUUAACAUCUUUCAAGAGCUUUCUCCGAGGCCGAACACAACUAAUGAUGACAGUCUCAAUGGUAGUGACAGUAACAGCAGCAGCAACAAAAGGCUUUGGGCAUGUUCUCAGACAUUAGCAAGAUUAGAGAUCGGAGGACAUAUGUUUAUAGAUAGUAUUCGUGUCAGCAAUGAGCAUUUACAACCACAGCUUUAUCAUCACAUGUCGCCUAACCCUCAUCAUAUUCGGAACGGGAGCACACCUCAGGUCACUAAUGGCAGUAGUAUCAGUAGCACCACUACCUCCAUUGGUAUCGCUGGAACCAGCACUAUCAGCAACGGCAACAGUAGCAGCAAUAGCAACCAAUCAUUUUCUGGUAUUAUUCAAGACCCUUAUUCUGUCAUGCACCAUCAUGGUUAUCCUAUGUACCAUCUUCGGCGAUGUCAUCGUUUCAGUGACCCUCUCAAAGAAUUAAAGGCUCAGCUUGAGACCUUACCUCGACUGACUCAUUUGGGUAUCCCUGCGAAAGGGAUCGAGCAUUUGAUCAAGAAGGGAUUUGGACCCAAAGUUCAACUGAAAUCAUUGGCUCUCCUGAAUCAACAGGGACGUACUUGGGCUCCUGAUGAACUUGCUGAACUGUUGACUCAUAUGCCAACUCUUCGGAAGCUUCACUGCGACAAGGACACGAUCUUGAAAUCAUCUUUACCACUUUGGUCAUCUGCGUUCUCGAACACCAAGGAUGAAAUGCUCUACAAACGACAAGAACAAAUACGUGCACUUCUAGAGACUCAUCAUGUAGAGUUAAUUUAUCCAACCUCCGUCUCGAGCGUAUCCGCUUUUUAAUAGAAAAAAGUUUACAAUUGAG